AUGGAAAGUAGAAAUUUAACUCAAUUUUAGCAUUAUUCUCAUAAUGGCACAAAUAGAUACUCUAUUUAAAGAAUAGUUUAUCCUCAAUAUGCAAGUGGUUUAGUUUAAGAAGAGACAGUAUCUCAACAUAGAGAUUCCACUGAUGAUGAUUAAUUUAUAGAAGGUGAAUGCUUUAUUUAUAUUGGGGGACAAUAAAUAUUUACUAUAGAACUUAAAUAGCCAGAUUUCGUACAUUAAUAAUUAUGCAUUGAUUUAACUAAAUAUUAAUGUCCUUUAGAAUGUUUAACUGCAUUCCCUUUGCCUAAUGGAUUUUAGAAUCCAUAAAGAAUUUUACCUCUAAGUACUGGUAUUUUAGUCGUAAGUAGUGGUAAGAAUGGAUAACAAAUCAAUUUAUUUGAUGAUCAAUCAAAAGAAAUUAAUAUUAAUGUUUAAAUCGUUAAAAGAAUAAUAUGGAUGAAUUCUAGAUACUUAUAAGAAAUUAUUAUUCUAAUUGUAGGAUUUAAUGACUCAAGUGUUGGCCUUUUUGAAAUCGAUAUCAGAAAUAAAUAAAUUAGAUUGCUAAGAGAAUUCAAUUUCGAAUAAUUAAUUAUAUUCAAUGACAUUUCUACACAUAAUUAAAUUUAUUACAUAGCUUUGGCGUCAUAUAAUGGAAUUAUUUCAAUUUUAUCUAUUGAUCUCUUUUUUAAUAUUCAACAUCAUGUUCAUAAUAUUGAUAGAAUUACUUCACCUCCUAAACUAUAUUUUUAACAUAAUAAGGCUGGCUUAAUGGUUCCUAUAUAAAAUGGAGAAAUGCUAUAGUAUUUAGAAAUAGAGAAUUUUGGAUUAAAAAAAUGUAAGUUAAUCAAAUAUCAAAAUAAUAACAAAUCUAUGAUUACAGCUUUUGAUAUAGAACCUAAAAAAUGUGAUAUCUCUUAGAAUUAAAGUGAAGAAUUUGAAAUUUGUAUCAUUCAUUUUGAUGGUACUCUCAGUUUUUAUGAUUAUGCUGAUAACAAUAUAUAUAUCGAAAUAUCAAAACAAUUGAAUGGUUCCAGAUUUUUUGUGUCUAAUAUGCAACUUUCAUUCAAAUAAUUUAUAUUGAUGGGAUCUGAUGAUGAAGUAGAAAUAUAUCAAAUGUCCUUUUAUCACAUUAAUUGA